CCACCCUGGUCCUACCCUGCCAACAACGGAAUUGAGGCAAGAGUGAGAAGAAAGGGAUUAAAUGGACUUGGGAAUAAUAAGAGAAAAAAGAGGAAGCUGGGUAGAGAGAGUAGGUCGGGAGUUCACCGGAAAGGAGGAUUCCAGUGAGCAAGUCAGGCGGGGUUAGGGUUUACGGCGAGAGGGUCCAUCCCGGUUCUGUCAAUGGAAGCAUUAACAACUUGUUAGAUAAGAGUUAGUGCCGAAUUAAGGAAUUGAGAAAUCUUUCAUACCACUCUCCUCCCUCACUCAUUUAUCUCUCCUCCAACGACGAAAACUCCAAAGGGGUUCGCUGCGACGUCGCCGGCGAAAAUUAAGACAUUCCCGACGAUCUUUUCCUCCAGACAAAGCGAUAAAGAAGCGAAUUAAAACUGCCACUGCAGACAAUGACGACGAGGCAGGUGAAGUUAGAGAAAGAGUGUGAGCUUCGAAUCGAAGUGGGUCCAGACAUGCCUCUUCGCCUCCGGCUCCUCAUGGGUACUGCAGAGAUCUUUGGCACCGAAAUAGCUCCUGAAAUCUGGCUGACCUUUCCUCCAAGACACAAAUUCGCUGUUUUCACUUGGUAUGGAGCGACAAUUGAAAUGGAUGGUAUUACUGAAACUGAUUAUACAGCAGAUGAGACACCCAUGAUCAGUUACGUAAAUGUGCAUGCUGUACUCGAAGGACGAAGAAAUCGCGCCAAAGCAUCGCCUAGUGACUCUGAUUCUUCUAAGGGUCCCAGGGUAAUCGUGGUGGGACCUACAGAUUCUGGGAAGAGUACCUUAUCAAGAAUGCUACUUAGUUGGGCAGCUAAACAAGGUUGGAAACCUACUUUUGUAGAUUUAGAUAUUGGCCAAGGAUCUAUAACCAUUCCUGGGUGUAUUGCUGCCACCCCAAUUGAAAUGCCAAUUGAUCCUGUCGAGGGAGUACCGGUAGAGAUGCCUCUUGUUUACUUCUAUGGGCAUCCAAGUCCUAGUAUCAAUGCAGAUUUGUAUAAGGUGCUCAUGAAGGAGCUAGCUCAAAUUCUGGAAAGACAAUUUGCUGGAAAUACAGAGUCUCGAGCUGCAGGCAUGGUAAUCAAUACCAUGGGAUGGAUAGAAGGUGUUGGUUAUGAGUUGCUUCUCCAUGCAAUUGAUACAUUUAAUGCCACUGUUGUUCUUGUGUUGGGUCAAGAGAAACUUUGCAGCAUGCUGAAAGAUGUAUUGAAAAACAAGCCCAAUGUGGACGUUGUGAAACUUCAAAAGUCAGGUGGUGUUGUAUCCAGGAAUUCAAAAGCCCGUCAGAGGUCCAGGAGCAGCAGGAUAAGGGAAUACUUUUAUGGCCUUGCAAAUGAUCUAUCCCCGCAUUCUAAUAUCGCAAAUUUCAGCGAUUUGUCAGUCUAUCGUAUUGGUGGUGGACCACAGGCUCCACGUUCAGCUCUGCCAAUUGGUGCAGAGCCCGCUGCAGAUCCUACACGGUUGGUUCUUGUUAGUAGCAACAGAGACUUGCUCCAUGGAGUUCUUGCCGUUUCAUUUGCCAAAGAACCAGAUCAAAUUAUUUCAAGUAAUGUUGCUGGGUUCAUAUAUGUAACUGACAUCGAUAUUCAGAGGAAAAUAAUUACAUAUCUGGCACCAUCAGUGGGGGAUCUCCCAGGCAGAUUUUUGAUUGUGGGAGGUUUAACAUGGCUGGAAGGCUGAAGUUAACAUGGUUUUAGUUUGGUGUCAACUCCUGUGCUGUAUUCAUCUUAUAUUUAUAAACGGAACAGUAGACUGUAGUAACAAGGGCAACGAGGAAUUAACCGUCCUGCGAUAUGAAUUAGUGUGUGUAGCUGUCAAACUUUUUAACAUAUCAUUUUUUUGGAUUGGUAUAUCAAGAUCCAUUUUACAUGUCUAUUUUCUAGUAUUAAAUUCGUGGCUAAACUUACUGAAAUUCCCAACAAUGGGAUGGAUUGUUCUUUAUUGUGUAGAUAUUUAUGAUACUUGACCAAACAGCUGAAAUACUCUACUAUUUCGCAUGAUUCCUAUAUUUUGAUAUUUUUUCACUUAA